AUGGUGGUGGGCGUGUGGGCGGUGGCCGGGCUUUGCGCAGCACUGCCUCGCACAGCCCUGCGAGCGCAGGAGAAGGACAAAGAGGAAGACAAGAAGCCGUUCAACGUUUGGGAGCCGGACACCUAUGGCAACAUCUCCAUGGAUGAUGUGAAGAAGUAUGGUGCCGCCGGCACUUUGUCCUACGUCAUCACGGAGCUGCUCUUUUGGGCCAUUGCCUUCCCAACGGAGUGCAUCGUCUACCUCAACACGGCCGGACACUGGCCUGACUUCAGCAAGCCCGAGGAGAGCGCCGCGGUCUUCGGGCUGGUCUUCGCCGCCUCCAACAUCGCCCGGCUGCUGCUGCCGCUGCGCUUCGGCGCCGCGUUGGCCAUGGCGCCCUGGGUGGACGAGAACAUCAUGAAGCGGUUCAACGAGAAGGCCAAGGAGGGGGCCUAG